AAUGUUUUGAUUUUUGUCAUCCAUCACUUAUCAAACAGUCCAACAGCUGCCACCUGGCUGUUUCUACGGCAACUGAACCGACCACCUGCAUCAACCAUACCUGAGAGAAAGAGAGAGGGGGAUACCACUGACUCUGUCAGGAUGGGUUACGAUCUGGAACGCUUUGUGGGUUACGUGAACGAGGGUCUGCUGUGCUGUGUGUGUCGGGAUGUGUUAGAAGAUCCUUUGCAGGCUCCUUGUGAACAUGCCUUCUGCAGUUCCUGCAUUCAUGGAUGGCUCAUCCACCAUAACAACUGUCCAGAAGACCGCUUGCCUUUAGACAUUACACACCUUCGUCCACUAUUCAGAUACAUGAGGAAUGAUUUGGCAAGGCUGCAGGUGAGGUGCUUGUUCAGGCCACAAGGUUGUGAGGUCAUAUGUGCUCUGGAGUCUAUUCACAGGCAUGAGCAACAGUGCGACUACACUCUGCUGAACUGCAGUAAUGCAGGUUGCCCGGUUCAGGUGUCACGCCGUUCACUGGAAGCUCACCUGUGCGUGUGCGAGUACAGCAGCAGGGUUUGCUCGAGUGGCUGUGGAUACACGAUCCUAAACACAGAGGAAGCCCAACACAACUGUGUAUCUGAGCUACGAGCCGAGCUGGACAUGCUCAGGGCAGAGUUAGAUUGCAAAGUUGAAGAGGUGAGACAUGAAAUGGAAUCCCGUCUGGAUUCUCAAAGACGGCACAUGGUGCAAAAAGAGAGUUUGCUGAAGAGUGAGGUAGAUGAACUUAAGGGCCAGCUGUCCCGUGUGAUGUCAGACGUCCGUGUUCUACUGGGUGCUGAGAGAGCACGCCGACAAGAGCUGGAGAGGGCGGAGCUUGAGAAGGCAGAGCUUCUUGAACUUUUAAAGAAGGAGGGGCUUAGACCAGCCACACCCUCGCAACCAGUGACACCUCCUGCUGAGAGCCCAAGGAAGCCAGGCCCACGUAGCCUGGCUUUGGACUGCAUCAAGAGAAAGAAUAGGGAGGUGACAGUCAUCUGAAAAUACGUGUGCUUCUCAAUAACAACAUUCAGGAAUGUUUCGGUAUAUUUCUGGAGGCCAAAUCCUACAGAAUAUAACGUCAGGUAAAUGCACACCUGAAGCAGCUAAGGAAUACUUGAAUUUACUUCAUCCAGCAUAUUUAAAGAAAUGUGAAGCACCCACUGUUUAUAUGCACCACGUCACAUGAUGACUUGUAAAGCAACUCCUUAUUUCCGUAAAAACUCAUUAUUGUAGCUUAUCUGGGCAAUGAGUACUAUGAGAAGGAUUAUGUAAGAUGAUCAAACAAAAUGGAUUUUGUUUUUGAAUUUGCAAAGCAUGUCUUGCAUAAGAAUAAUACAAAUGCAUUGUAUUUUAAACCUUCAUGAGAUUGAUAUUAAAAUUGUUUAAAAAAGUU